AUGGAGAAAGACCACAAACCAAGCAACUCCGACCUCUUCUCUAGGGUUAAGACGGUGGCCGACGCAGCGAAAUCCACGCUCAACAACGAAACCGACAAGUUCGACAAGGGCAAGGUUUCCGGUGCCGCUGCUGAUCUCUUGGCAGCACAAGACUACGGUAAGCUGGAUAAGAACACUGGUGUCGGCCAAUACGUGGACAAGGCAGAGAAUUACCAGCACCAAUACCAGACUUCCAAUCAAUCGGCUCCGGGCGCCAAGCCGGAGUCGCAUGACAGCGAAAAGGGAAAAGAGUCCGGUGGAAGCGCUGCAUGUGAUGUUGGAGGUGUGGAUUGGCUCAAGGUUUCUGUUGGAUGUCCCUGA